CCUAAACAGUUGACUUUUUAAAUGUAAAUUCUAUAAUAGUUAUUUUCAAUAAUAAAAUGUCUGACAAGGCAAACACAAUUUUAAAAGAAGCUUAUAAGCUAUAUAAACAAAAUGAAUAUACAAAUGUGAUUACAAAAUGCAAGAAGAUAAUUAAAGAAGAUGGAAAUAAUUAUAAAGCCUUUAUGUUAUUGGCUGCUUCAAUGAACAAAAUUGAAGAAUUCCAGUUUAAAGUACCUGAAAUACUCGAAAGGGCUAUCAAAAUUGAACCAGACAAUCUAAUAGCUUGGAAGUAUUUAGUACAAUAUUAUGAGCAACACUCGAGUAACAUUGAUAACUACAGCAACUUGAUGUUGGCAUAUUGCAAAGUAUUACAAUUUGAUGAUACAUGCAACUUUUCAUCCACUUUGAACAAAAUCACAGAGGUUUAUUUACAACUUGAUAAUGAUAAUAAUCUGAUUGAAACAGUGGAAAGUCUAAAUGAAUUAAGAAACAGAUUAGAUGGUACAAAAUUAAAAUUAAUCGAUGAAGUACUUAUACAAAUACUGAUAGACAAUUUUGACAAGCUAAAUGAUUAUCAAAACCUAUUAGAAAGUGUUUUUGAAUCUGCAAUAAACAGUAUUGUAAGACACAGUCGGCAUAAUUACUAUAGAAAGUACUUAAAUAUAUUACAUGAUACAGGUAAAUUAGCUACAUCAAUUGAUGUAGUUAUAGAUAUGCAUCGACAGUUUCCCAAAGAUACUUUGCCAUUAGAAUAUAUAUGUUAUAUUUACUACAAACAAAAUAUGAUGAAUGAAAAUUCUGCUAUUGAUACUAGUAUAGACCAAUUUUAUGAAACUCUCACAAGGUUGAAUUUAGAUUCAGAUAUUGUGGAAAUUGUUAAAGCAAUGCAUUUAAAAGAAACGGAUAAUUUGAUAGCUACCAGAGAAAUACUGAAAGGCAUUCUCACGCUGAUCCCAAAUUUAUUAUAUGGUUGGGUAAUACUGAGUGAAAUAAAUGCCAGACUUUAUUGCUGGGAAGAUGCAGAAAAUGCAGCAAGACAAGCAGUAAAUCUUAUGAAGCACAAAGUGGAAGAUGAUUUGUUGUAUAAAUUAGAAAUGAUAGUGAUUGAAUCUAUAAGCAAAACUAAUAAUGAACAAAAAUGGGAAACUGCAUUGCAAAUGUGCGAUGACCAUUUAGAGAAACGUCGUUCUAAACGGUUGGAAUUGAUCCGUGCACGCAUUCGCGUGUUAUUAGACGAUCCCGAUGUACACGUCGAAUUAAACAACUUGGAAUCACUAAGCGAAACUAGAGUUCAAGCUACUAUUCUCAAAGCACUACACUUAAAAGAACACGAACAAUUUGAGGUAGCAGUAAACUAUCUUGAAUCGGCUUUGGAAACAUCAGAAGCUUGGUUACUAUCUGGUAUAAUAUAUUGGAAAAUGGGGAAGUAUAAUAGCAGCCAAAUGGCACUUUUAAGCGGGAUAAAGGCCGAUCGUUACAAUUGGGAGUGCCUGGUUUAUUUGGGGCACUAUUAUCGCGAACACGGUAACGAUUUAGAACGUUCGAGGCGGUGUUAUCAAACUGCAUUGCAAAUUAAUCCGAGUUCCGAGGAAGCUGGUACUGGAUUAAGUACUGCAUACAGAUUGCUCAAAGAUCACGAUGCUAAUAUACAACUGUUGCAGAGAUUGACUGUAAAAGACAAGGGUCCAAAGUGGGCGUGGAUGCAACUUGGUUUGCAGUAUCUUGAUCAAGGGGACGCGUUGCAAGCCAUCAAGGCGCUUCAGCGCGUUAUCAGGGCCGAUCCGAACAAUAACAUUAAUUGGGAAGCUUUAGCAGACGUGUACUUCGUACGAGGUGCUCACACGUCGGCGUUGAAGUCUUAUCAACGUGCGUUAGACUUGAAUCCUAAAUCGUUUUACUCGAUGAUACAGUUGGCUAAUAUAAAAUUGUUUCUCGGGCAAUACAGCAGCGCGAAGAAGGACUUUGAACAUAUACUGUUGAGCAAGUCGUGCUACGUUCCUGCUUUAAAGGGGUUGGCCGAGGCGUGCAUAGCUUUGGCGAAAGUAAACACGUCGCAACAAUUUCUGGGUCGCGCUGUUGACAAUCUUCAACAGGCAAUGGACAGUUUGGCUCUCGUUAUUACGUCACGCAAUGACUUAUCUUGUGUUUGGAAGCUACUCGGCGACGUAUGUUACAGAGCAGCUCUGUUGCCAACAAAGUACAGUCGUUUGAAAGUACCGCUUGUAUUGAUGAAGUCCGAGAUGACCGAAUAUACCGUGCUGACGGAACGAAGAGACAUACUCUUGUUGUCCGCAAGAUGUUACUGCUGCGCCCUGUCUCUUUCUCCGCAAUCGCCUUUGCUGUGGCAUGAUUUAGCAUCUUGUUACUUGAUGCGACUGCAUCUCGAUCCAUCGAUCGAUCACAAGAAUCUUGCCAGCAAAUGUCUGGCUAUAGCGAAACACGCUGUUAAACUUUGCCCCUCGUCGUGGUUACAUUGGAACUUCUUGGGUAUCGUUUGCAUGUCACCGUACAUUAAAAACUACGCAUUAGCCCAGCACGCGUUCGUGAUGGCGAUCGACAGGGAAUUGAACAACUCCAUGGUUUGGUCUAAUUUGGGAACGUUGUAUCUGCACGUAGGAAACUGGUACAAAGCAAACGAAGCGUACAACCAAGCGCAACGAGCAGAUCCGGCGUACAUGAAUAGUUGGAUCGGUCAAGCGUUACUAGCCGAAAUGAUGAGCAGCCAAGAAGCGUUAGAUUUGUUCAGGCACUCUACGCAGCUGGGAUAUCAUCCUCAGGCGGCGGUAGGAUACGCUCAUUCGGUGCUUACCGUGCUUAAAAAUUCUACCAUCGAAAGGGACUCUUUGCAUAAGUAUAUAAUAGAAAACAUGCACGCCGUAGUCGUUGCCUCGGACGUGAUGAAUUGGUACGUGGAGCAACACCCGGACGAUUGUUACGCGCGAAACGCGUACGGAUUGUUGUUGGAGAGACAGAAACUCCGAAGAUCGGUGGCAGAACAAUUUGCCGCGGCUUUGCCGUUGUGCACGGACGAGGAAAAGAAUUUAGUAUGUAUAAAUUUGGCGCGCGUGUUGAUGCAACUCGACAAUCCCGUGAAGGCUGUGAAAUUAUGCCGAUCCGUUAAAAGAAUUAGCUACAAUUCCCAAUGCCAUUUGGCGUUGGCGUUAUUCAAGGCAGGCGAAUACGAGGAAUCGUACAACGCGUACGAAACGGCGCUCAAUUUGCACGAGAAUACCGACAUAGAAAAAGCUUACACGUUGUGCGCGAUGGCGGCGAUAACGUACAUUUUCCAAGGUGUACACGAUACCAAAACGUUGCUAUUUCAAUGUAUUCAAAUACAACCGCCGGUUAUAACGGGUUUCUUGGCAGCCGCUUCUUUGGGAAUAUUGCACGUGGAUGUGAAUUUAGCUGUGCUGGUAAUGAACGAACUAAAACCUUAUGCGGAUCACCCAACGCACGGUCCACACGUUGCAAAUUUGUCGGCGUAUUCUCAUUUGAUCUCGAACAAUAUUAAAAGUGCUAUCGCCACACUCUCCAAAGCAAUUUUUAAGCAUCCCGACGACGCGAGAUAUUGGAUACAUUUACUCAGAAUAAUAUCCCAGAUAGAUUUGGCAACAUUUAACAGAUGCGCGCAGAAAGCAUUGUUUCUGAGCAGAAAUACUGUAAACACAGACGUUAUGCAGUUGGCUUGUGUAUCAUUUUUCAAGUAUUUCGCGCAAUCUUCGACACCAGCCAGUAUUAAAUUCAUACAGAAACUCUUAUUUGCAUAUCCUGGUAAUAUUGAAAAUUUGAUUACAUACGUGACGCCAUUUUUACAAAUGUCAAAGGAAUUGAAACAUAGUGAAAUUACUGUGUAGUAAACGAAUUUCGUUCCGAGACUCGAAACCAGAGAAAUCAAUUUUCUAUUAAUAAGCGAAUAAAAAAUUGGAAGAUAAACGUGGACUUGAAAACCAUGUUGCAAUCUUCUUAUUACGAACUGUCAAGAAAAUGUAUUUUG